AUGUCUCCAACAACAAUCUAUCUAAGUUUGGUCGUGGCGGUAGGAAUCCUCAUUCAAAACUAUCUAUCGAGAAGAGCAUACAAGAAAGCAAAGCUUCUUCCGCACAUACCCUUGGUCCGAUUCGAAGACAACAAUACCCAGGAACGAUAUAUCACUAGCACCAAGGAUGUCAUGCACAAAGGAUAUAUUCAAGUACGAGGUAUCAUCGGGUGUAAAACAGAUCAAUAAUGUUCUGAUUUAUUCCUAGUACAAUAAAAUGGGCCAAGCGUUUCGGAUUAGGAAUCCAGUAGACGAAGGAAGUCCUCAGGUUAUCAUGGCCAAGAAAUAUUUAGACGAGGUCAUGAAUGCUUCCGAGGACAAACUCAGUUUCCCGCUGUAUUCAAUUCAGGUAUAG